GUAAGAAACAUUUCACAACGUCCAAGUGAGAAACAUUUCAGAAAAAUUAACAAAGUCUUAGUAAGAAACACUUCACAACAUCCUAAUGAGAAACAUUUCAGAAAUAUUCACAAAGUCCUAGUAAGAAACACUUCACAACGUCCUAGUGUGAAACAUUUCAGAAACAUUCACAAAGUCCUAGUAAGAAACACUUCACAACGUCCUAGUGAGAAACAUUUCAGCAACAUUCACAAAGUCCUAGUAAGAAACACUUCACAACGUCCUAGUGAGAAACAUUUCAGAAAUAUUCACAAAGUCCUAGUAAGAAACACUUCACAACGUCCAAGUGAGAAACAUUUCAGAAAUAUUCACAAAGUCCUAGUAAGAAACACUUCACAACGUCCUAGUGUGAAACAUGUUAGAAACAUUCAGAAAGUCCUAGUGAGAAACAUUUCAGAAAUAUUCUCAAAGUCCUAG